CUCCGUCGGGCACCCGGCUUGAACGCACCGGCAUAUCGCCGCACUAAUUCGCGAUCGUAACGUAGUACGCAGCCAGUGACUCAGUGUGUGAUUUUGUAAUACUCGUAUGACGGAUAAUAAUUUAAGGAGAUGAACGGCAGCACAACGACGGUGAAUGGCAGUGCCGUCAAUGGGACCACAGGUGCCCUAAAUGGAAUUGGUGCCGCGCCACGUACGGCUACACUUGGGACUCCCAGCAGUUAUGCGUAUACUUCCAGCGGUUCGCUGCUAGGUCGCAGUGGUACUGCUAGACCAGUUCCACCGCCGACACUACCUAAGUAUAGUGGCUCCUUCAGUGCGGGCAGUACAACUGGGCUUAGGGAACGAGACAGAGAGGGAACUGGUGGAUCUCACCGCCUGGCUAGUCUAGAAAGAUUAGCACUACGGCAGCGUAUCAUUGAGCAAAAUUCUAACAACCAAGUGUCCGUUACUUCUUCACUCAAUGCACCACCGAAUGGGCCUACCUCUGCUACCGUCACCCUUACCGACACGGCAACGUUACAAAGUAAACGCGAAUUGUUCUUCAAAUCGGACUCGGUGAGUGGUGGCGGCGUGAGUGCGACGGGCCCGCCGCUAGCUGCGCCGCCCGCGCCGCCCUCCGUGCUGAAGGACGCGCUGGCCAAGCGCGCUACCACGCUGCCAGACCAGCUUGAGAACAACCACCACGAGUCCAAUGGGACCGUUACCAAGCUCAGUAACAGCGUCUCCGUGGACGCGUCCAAGCCACCCAGCGCAGCGCCGCCGCCCACGCCCGCACCCCCAGUGCCCACUUCGGCCCCACCCGGAGGGCCGCCUCCGCUCAGGAGUACAGAAAACAUUAUCAAGAAGCCUGAUCACCCACCUGUCGCCCCAAAACCGGAAUUACCUAAAUUAGAAAAACCAAAGACCAAAGAAUUAGAUGGAUACGUCGGAUUUGCAAAUUUACCAAACCAAGUAUACAGAAAAGCAGUGAAAAAAGGAUUUGAAUUUACGCUAAUGGUUGUUGGUGAAACUGGUUUGGGCAAGUCAACACUAAUAAACUCAUUGUUCCUGACGGACGUGUAUGACCGGGACAAGCACCCUGGCCCGUCACUACGAGUCAAGAAGACGGUGGGCGUGGAGACCAGCGUGGUGCUUCUCAAAGAGAAUGGUGUAAACCUUACACUGACUAUCGUCGACACACCAGGCUUCGGCGAUGCCGUAGACAACAGUAAUUGUUGGCAACCUAUCAUUGACUUCGUUGAGUCGAAGUAUGAAGAGUUCCUGAAUGCUGAAUCCCGGGUGACGCGUAAGGCGGCGCCGCCAGACACUCGCGUGCACUGCUGCUUGUACUUCAUCGCGCCCAGUGGACACGGCCUCAAGCCUCUCGAUGUCGAAUUCAUGCAGCGGCUUGGUGACAAAGUGAAUAUCAUUCCAGUCAUUGCCAAGGCGGAUACCAUGACACCGGAGGAAUGUAAAGAUUUUAAAGAACAAAUAAUGAAAGAAAUCAGUCAACACAAGAUUAAAAUCUACGACUUCCCCGAGAGCACGGGCGAGGAGGGCGAGGUAGCGGAGGCAGCGCGCUCGUUGCGCAUGCGCGUGCCCUUCGCAGUGGUCGGAGCCAACACCGUCAUCGAGACCGAGGGCAAACGGGUGCGCGGGCGCAAGUACCCCUGGGGCAUCGCUGAGGUUGAAAAUCUGGAGCACUGCGAUUUCUUAGCAUUACGCAACAUGGUAAUUAGGACGCAUCUCCAAGACUUGAAGGACGUCACUAGCUCAGUACACUACGAGAACUACCGGUGCCGCAAGCUGGCCGGCUUGUCACACGAUGGGAAGCCGCACAGGAUCAACUCCAACAAGAAUCCACUGGCUCAAAUGGAGGAGGAGAAGCGAGAGCAUGAUCUUAAGAUGAAGAAAAUGGAAAGUGAAAUGGAACAGGUGUUCGAGAUGAAGGUACGCGAGAAGCGAGCCAAGCUGAAGGAGUCGGAGGCGGAGUUGGCGCGGCGACACGAGGCGACGCGGCGCGCGCUGGAGGCGCAGGCGAGGGAGCUCGACGAGCGACAGCGCGCGCUGCAGGCCGAGCGCCUCGCCUGGGAGCGGGAGACUGGACUCUCGCUGGACGACCUGCGGCGACGCUCGCUCGAAGCCAACAGCAAGGAAACUGUCGACGGCAAGGAUAAGAAGGACAAGAAAAAGAAAGAUUGGUCUUUUAAGAGUGUCGCAACUGGAAUAGUAAUAUAAUUGGACAACUGUCCGCACACGACGCACUUAAAUAAUUAGUAUCUUAUAGUUGUAUGGACUUAGCAUAAUGAGACAACGAUUAAUGAAGACUACAGGAUGUAAUAACUAUGUAACUGGCAUGCGUUGGGGAAGUUAAUGCAAAAUUCACCACGAUUCUGUAUUGUAUGAGAUUACUUUUGUAUGUAUUUUAUUUAUAAGAUUUUUCCAUGACAAAGCAUUUAUUAUGAUAAGUGAGGCCUAAUUUUAUACUUCUUAUGUUUCCAAAGGAUUUUGUAAAACAUAUUUUAUAUGGUUGUUUUUUAUUUUUGGUAUUUAAAACUGUUUAGCUGCUAGCAGCGUUGGAUUUAGCACAAACAAUACUACAGCUUAUGAGUAGACAUUUACGUCCAUAAAGAUGCCAAAUAGCUUAUAAUAUCGGUAUACUUUUAUCAAAGACGAAUGUUUAAAGUUUUAUUGUAUUUAUAAUGUACUAUGUUCAGUAACACUAGAUAGACAACUCAAUCAGAAACGUGAUCGAUUCAGCUCAAUACCAGGAUGAAAUUAUACAUAGGCACUAAAAUCUAUAUCUUUACUGAUAAAUAUAGCAUAAUAAAUAAUAAUGUUUGAGAUAUAUUUAUGUUUACCGCUUUUAUUUCUUGUUAUAUUUAUAAGUAGAGAGAGAAUACUGUAGCUAUUCGAAAAAUUCGCAUUAGGUAAUUCACCAUUCUAAAUUUUAAAGUGAAUUAGAUAAUAAAAUAAUAUUUUUUACUUCUAUAUCAUUACAAAAUGUAAUACGGUUUCGGCUUAUCGGUGCAUUCGUACACCAGUCCGAGGUUUGAUUCGCACGGCGUUUGUUAUAACUAAACAAAGUUAUAUUGUGCUUAGUGAUAUUAAAAUAUGCUCAUAGUUCAGUUGUGAAAUAGAAUCUAGCUCUAGCUAGUUGUUAGCGUUUCUUUAUAGUAACGGAUAAGGGAAUGUAAGGAUCUCUCACCAACAACAAAGGCGAACGCAUGGAGCAGUCUAGUAUUAUAUACUGAAUCCAUUAUCAUUAUGUUGUCACACUUCAAUACGUGCAUAUACUUGUUUGAUCGACUUCAAUACAUGCUAUAAAGUUACUGUUGUUUUAAUAUCUUCUUAAGACUUGUAUUCAACAAUAUACCGCUUAUCAGUUAGCAAUUUAUGUUAGGUUAUGUAAAUAUUUUGUUUAGUCAUUACUGUCUUACAAGCAAAAUAUAUAUUAUCAGGUUUUGUUACUAAAUGACACGUUAUUUAUGAGACAUGCAUAAUCUUUAUUUAACCAGCAUGCAAUGUUAAAAUAAAUUUGUAUUAUUUCCUCCACUACAGUAUUGACUUCCGCAUUAAAUUUAGUAAUUUAGGUGAUAAGAUUAUGCUUAAUUUUGUAUUUUGUGUAGGGUAACGGCCCAUUACCAUACAGAUCAUUUGCUUAGUCAGUACGAUGGACUUGUGAUGUGUGUUGGGAGAGGAAUGAAGUUCGACGAUGUAAUAUAUUGUACCUUUGAAUAAAUAUAAAUAAAUACGUAAUAUAUAGGAGUC